GAACCAAAUUUUAUUAUGGAGAAAGACUUUAAGACUGAGUCUACUUCCGAUUCCCUUCAAAGUUCUUCAGAACCACUGUUUUCUAUCCAGAUAUUGGAAUUCAAAACAAGUUUGUUAGAGGCAUUAGAAGAACUACGCAUGAGAAGGGAAGCAGAAAUUCAGUAUGAAGAGCAAAUCAGGAAGAUAAUUAUAGAAAAGCAAGAACUUCAAUGGCAAAAGGAAAAUCUUCAACAUCAAAAAGAAACAUUAACAAAGCAGCAUAAAGAAGCUAUGACACUUUUUAAAAAGCAGUUGCAAACAAGGAUGUGUGCUGUGGAAGAGGAAAAGGGACAAUAUCAACUUGCUUCAGAAAUAAAAGAAAAAGAAAUAGAAGGACUGAAGGAAACAUUGAAAGGAUUACAGGUUUCAAAAUAUUCUUUACAGAAGAAAGUAAAUGAAAUGGAACAGAAGCUCCAGUUACACCUUUUGGCUAAAGAAGAUCAUCAUAAGCAACUGAAUGAAAUAGAGAAAUAUUAUGCUACAAUCACAUGUCAAUUUGGAAUGGUAAAAGAAAGUCAUGAAAAAUUAGAACAGAAUGUACAUGAAGCAAUCCAGUUAAAUAAGAGACUGUCAGCAGCAAAUAAAAAACUGGAAUCUGAAGUAUGUAGUUUAAAACAGGAACUGAAGAAAGUAACUACAGAUCUGAUAAAGUCCAAGAUCACAUGUCAGUACAGGGCAGAAGGAGAAGAUAUCAAUCUUACAAUAAAGGAACAGCAAUUUCAAGAAUUACAAGAAAAACUCCGAAUGGAAAUUGAAGUAAGAAAGAAGGUUAGUGAAAAAGUAACCUUCAUUCAAGAAGAAAAACAGGGAAUCAUCAGUUCUUUUGAACACAUUCAACAAUUACUUCAGCGACAGACUCAAAAUAAUGUCAGAAUGGAGGCAGAAUUAAAAGCACUGAAAGACAAUAAUCAGACCCUUGAAAGAGAUAAUGAGCUGCAAAGGAAGAAGGUAAAAGAAAAUGAAGAAAAGUUCCUUAAUCUUCAAAAUAAGCAUGAGGAAGCACGAGGAACUUGGGAAAAACAUGAGAAAAAACUCAUUGAAGAAAUAGAUGAGAUUAAAAAUGAGUUGAUGUCAGUUAAAGAAGCUCAUCUUAAAUUACAACAAAGCUGUAAUGAAUUAUCUUCUCAGAAGAAUGUAUUUUUUGAGCAAGAUAAUAAGCUUCAGGGACAAGGAAAGAUGGAAGAACAUUAGGAUAUAGAGACAGAAAUGAAACAGUCCCUGUCCAUAAGGAAUAUGAGCACAUAUAAGUAUAUGCAUCCUCAGCAAGAAAUAACUGCAAUAAAUACCAUGAAUUUUUGUUCAAACAUUGAAUAUAUACUAAUAGGAAAAAAUAACCAAGACCAAGAGAGAAAUUCAGAAGAAUUACAGUUUUUUGAAAACAAUGAGAAAAAAAUUCAUCUUACUAAAGAAAGAAAAACUGAAGAACUCUCUGAAGAAAAACUGGUUAAAAGUUCCCAAAGCAAAGCUUUCAGUCCAGAUAAAGAUUUACUGCGUCAAGGGCAGACCUGGCGAGUAUGCACUGCUGGCUUGAGAAAUGCAGAAGCUACACAAACAAAAGACAAAAUGUGCUUAGAAAGAGGUUUUGGUUGUGUGGAAUUUCAGACACUGAAUAAUCCUUACUCAAUAACAGAAAUAUCAGUGGAAACAGGGAGGAUUCUUCAAGAUAGAACUCAAGAGUUCACUCUCCACAGUGCAAAUGCGGCUUCAGAAACUGGUCGUAGCAAGCCUGUCCAGGAAAAACUUCCUGACACCAAUCAUGACAUGAGUAAUGUACAAUGUGGUGAAGAUGUUUCUGGGAUUGAAACAUCCAAACAAGAAUCCAGGAUGAGUCUUGGCACUGAAGACUCUGUAAAUGAAGAAAUUCCAAAUAAUGGCCUCAAAGAAGCUGAAGUGAAUCUUUCCCUAAUUGCAAAAGAUAAUUCUAUUGAGUGUCUGAAGGACAGCUCAAGGGAUUCCAGUUAUUGUGUCUCAGAUUAUAAAGAGUAUAAAUCAAAUGAAACACAUCCAUUGUAUAAAAGAGAAUGUGAUGGUCCACAACAUAAGCAAACUUGUUCUUAUGCUCAACAGACAUGUGAUACAUUGGGGAAAAUGGACCUAAAUAGUACCUGUGGUACAACAAUUAAUAACCCAAAUUCACUUGCUGCCUUAAAUGAUAAUAGGAAAGUAUAUUGUGAGAGUCCAAAAAAAUCCUUUAAUAUGAUGCCCAUCUCAGGAAAAACCACCCCAAGUCCAAGGGAAAUAGUUGGUUGGAAAAACUUGAAUGAAAUAAAGAGCCAUCAACCCAAACAGGAUGAUCCUAAGCAGGUAGAAGGUGAUGAAAAUGUGACCGUCUGUCGUUUUCAAGUUACCUCGCAGAAUAUAGAUGUUUCACAGGCCAAAGAUGUGGAAAGUACCAUUCAAAAGCUUACUAUCAGGAAAACCACCACAGGCACAGCAGGUCUUUCCAGCAAAGAGAGUCAAGUGAAUGAUACUCAGAUGAGUGAAGCUAAGGACAAAUCCAUCGCAAAAAAUGACCCCUUCCUUGUUAGUCACGUUAAGGCACAGCAGCAUACAUUGUUAAACAGUACAAGAGAGAAAACAGACUCAUUAAGUAACACAGAUUCAGAAAGAAAAUAUAUUGAAGGACAGCUGGAAGAAUCUUGCUCGUUUCACAUAAAGCCAUCUGGAGAUUUAGUAAACAGAAGUGGAAGGUCAGCCUUUGAUCUUUCAACUUCAGAUAAAGAAACUGAGAAAACUCCAGUAAACUUAAAUUUUUUAGACCCUUGUCCUUGGCCAAAAGUAAAUCAAGUUGAAAUUCAAACAAUGAACACUUUGGCUUCCAAGGUGCCUUUGUUGCUAAAAGAGAGACUGGUGGGUUCAUCAGAAAACAAAAAGAUUCCUUCAAAGACACUUUGUCAAAAUCUUGGCCUGGAUGCUGUCAUGGAUACUACCAGCAUUAACAGAGAGGCUGACACUUGGACUAACUCAAGUAUCCAGCCAAGUCCCAAGAGAGAUCCCAGGGAAGAGUGGAAUGCGAUUGCAAAGACUUUUUAUGAUUCUCCUUUUCCCACAGAACAUGACAAACCACAACUCCUGAAUACUGGCCUGCUGUCCCGAACUGAUUUUACUGACUGUUCCCUUGGUGAGGAAGAGGAUGACUGGCAAUUCCAAGACAUUUUAAUAAAAAACCAAAUUAGUGAAAUAGAAAAGUUUCUAAAUUUGGAAAAGUCUAAAGAACCCAGAAAAAGAAAAUCUGAAGAGAUGUUAGAACAACUAGUUGAAGAAUAA